CUUCUUCAUCCGCCUGUCUUCACUCAUUCUCUGUGUGACUUUCGUUCUCUUUUCGGUUCCGUGUUCACUCUUCUUCGUCACGAGCAGGCCCUCGCCAUUAAAGCCAUCCAGCUAUAACUAAACCCUUUUAUUCCCUUUCGACUUUCUAGCCAGGCUCUAGCAGUCUCGCCAAUUACCAAAUCUUCAGAGAAGAGAAUUAAAGAGAAAAGAGGAGGCAACUACAGGUCGCGUCAUCCUCGACAAACGAAAAGAAAAGGUCACCCUAAUCGACACCGACGACACAACAUCCAAACAGUCAAUAUGAAGUUCUCCGCAGUGUUAGCUCUCUCCGCCGCCGUCAUGGCCUCCGCCAAGUCGGUCCGCAACCACUACCCCGUCCGCAGAGAUGGUCACAAGAAGGGCGAAAAGGGACAGGCUCAAGCUGGACAGAUCGCUGGCCUCCCCGCAGGCAUGACUGGGUUUGGAGUCUCCAACAGCCAGGUCACCGAGGUUAUCAUCAUUUGGGCAAACCCGGGUGCCGGAGCCCCUACGAUCAACAUCAACCCCCCCGCCGGUGGUGCUGCCGCCCCUCCCGCUGCCGCCCCUCCUGCCGCCCCUGCUGCUCCUCCCGCCGCUCCCCCGGCCGCGCCCCCGGCUGCUCAGCAGACUCACCAGGUCAUGGUUGGCGGUGCCGCUGGUCUCGUCUUCGUUCCCGAUCAGAUCAAGGCCAAUGUCGGCGACAUGGUUGUCUUCACGUUCAUGAGCCAGAACCACACUGCUACCCAGUCCGCCUUCGCGACGCCCUGCGAUCCCUUGGCUGGUGGCAUGAACUCUGGCUUCAUGGCCAACCCCAACAACUCCGUCAGCCCCCCUCCCCAGGUUGCCAUGCAAGUCAUGGUCUCUGAGCCUUUGUGGUUCUACUGCGCUCAGGCCAACCACUGCGGAAAGGGCAUGACCUUCUCCAUCAACCCUACCGCCGCCAAGACUCAGGCCAUGUUCCAGUCGAUGGCCAUUGCCCAGAAGGGCAAGGGUGCCGGCGGUGCCAUCACCGGAGGCACUCCCCCCGCUGCUGCUCCUGAGGCCCCCGCCGCCUCUGCUCCCGCCGCCGCUCCCCCUGCCGCCAACCCCGCUGCUCCUGCCGCCCCUGCUGCCGGUGGCGAGAUCCAGCAGGGCACUGGACAGAUCAACGGCGCCGGUGCUUGCGUGUGCUCCGUUACCUGCUCUUCGGGAUCUUUCCCCGCAGUCGGAGCACAAGGCGUCGGCUCUUUCGGCGGCAUGGCAGGAUCUCUCCCCAUGGCUAUGAUGGAGGCAUAAAGAGGAUACUACGGUUCCAAUCACUUUUAUGGUGAACGUAAUCCGCC